AUGGGCCUGCUUUCCCUUGCGUACAAGCGACCCGACCAUGUGCAUCCGCAGGGCCUGCGGGCAAGCAGCGAGUCGCCUGACGAUGCCAGCAGUCAAGGCACUCUCCAGCCCGGCCGCCGGGCCCAGCCCGCUGGCAUCCCGGAUUCCCUGGCGUUUGACAACAUCAUCAACGGGGAUACCUGUCCACCGAUGACGGUUCACGACUUGAUGGACUACUUGGUCCAUGUUGAGCAUUCAGCCGAAAACCUCCAGUUCCAUCUUUGGCACAGAGACUAUGUCGAGCGAUUCGACCAGGCGCCCCGCGCCGACACCUGCCUGUCUCCAGAGUGGACCCAGGCAAUGGAAGAGGAAGCCAUGCUCAAACUUCGAAAGGAACAGGCCGAAAACAGGAGGCGCCCUCACCCGCCGUCAGCCCCCAUGUUCAAAGGGACCAUGUUUGAAAAUUCGAUGCCGGAGAUGCCGGAGGUGCCGGAGCCUGCUUUCGACCCCUUCAGCACACCCCCUAGCUCUUGCGACGGCAAGAGUGAGAGCGGCUCCUUGUCCGUUUGGGGCGCCUCCCACUCCACGCUGUCGGACACUUCUUCCAAGUACAAGUCUCGCGCGGCGAACGCCUACCGGUCGGCCGGGGCAAGGGUGCCGUUCACUAUCCAGCCGUUCCGAGACGAAAUCAACCGCGUCAUGGCCACGUUCAUCGUGGACGGGGCUCCGCGCCAGCUCAACCUGAGCUCGUUGGAGCAAAAGGCGGCGGUCCAAGCUCUCUCCUACACGACCCAUCCCAGCGCAUUGCGCGGCCUCUGCAAGACCGUGGAUCAUGAUCUGCGCCGUCAAUCUCACCCCAACUUUGUGCGGUGGUCGAUCCGCAACGGCAACCCGGCUCGUGUCUGGUUUGCCCGCGUCCUCGGAGCGUUCCUCGUUGUCGCCGGCUUCGCCAUUGCCAUUCUCACGACCCUCAGCAGGCUCGCCCGCAGCUACCGCGCCCUUGCUGCCGUUGCGUGGGUCCUGGGCGUCAGCACCUUUGUCGCUGGCUACAACGGCGUAUGCGUCGUGCUGCAUGGCAGGCACCGCCGCCACCUGAGGCCGUGGGAGAUCUUUGGGCCAGCCGACGAUGAGGAGGAUCAGGAGGGUCGCGGGGAAAAGCGAAGCCUCGAUUGCUUCGGCCUGGACAACGGCCACGAGGACAAGCCCUGGGUUGCCAAGUACGAGAGGCGGCACCUUGUGCGAAAAAUCUUUGAUCGCGAGGUGUGGAUCCAGGAACCGGCCUUGAGACAGAUCCAAGACACCAUCUUUGUCCAGGCCAUCCUGGCGUCUGUGGCCGUAGGCGGUGCUCUGACGGCGCUUUUCGUCGUCGUCCCGGGCGGCAACUUGUUCUGA